AAACGAUUAUCACCAGUCUCAAUAUUUCAGCCAUCCAUCUCUAUUCGCGACACGAUGUCAGGUAUUGUCGAGUCAGUCCAGGCCAAGGCUCAGGAAGUCGCGAAAGAGGACUAUGACCGCGCCAAAGCCCUGAUCAAUGAUGCUGCAAAGAGCGGAUCCUACUUGUAUCCCAUCAAGGGAAUCUUCUACUUCCUGAGCCAUCGCAGCCUUUGGAAGCCCCUCCUUAAGAAGCUGGCCCCUAUUGUGACGCUUUCUGUCGGAGUGGUAACGGGCAUGUUCUUCUUCACCUACGUGCCGCAACUCGCUCUUAUGACUUUCGUCAACGGGCCGCUCGCAGUCCUCACCACAGCAGUGCUCGUUUUGAACGAGAGCUCUGCAGUCAUUUCAUUCCUCUCCAGGAACUUCGUCAUGCAGGAUGCCCUCUUGGACACCUUUGACGGCACCCUGAUUUCCAGGGACGCUACCAAUCUUGUCAGUGAAGGCAGAGAGCUGAAGUCGGGCAGGGAUCCCAUCCAGAGACUGGGAAAAGUUCUCAAGAAUCCUUUCCAGCGUUUCAGCCCCAAGGCGUUGAUUCGAUAUGUCAUGUACUUGCCGCUUAACUUCAUCCCAGUUGUCGGCACGGUAGCAUUCAUCGUCUUGCAAGGACGCUCUCGCGGCAGCACGAUUCACGACCGGUACUUUCAACUCAAGCGAUGGUCCCCAAACCAAAAGGCGGAGUGGCUUUCAAAGCAUACAGGCCCAUAUUUAGCCUUCGGUGUUCUGGCAACGCUCCUUGACAUGAUUCCGGUUGCUUCCGUGUUCUUCUCAUUCACAAACGCCGUUGGUGCGGCGCUCUGGGCGGCCGAUAUUGAACAUAAGGAGACCGAGAUGACCGAUGGCACUGCUCCUGGUCUUCGUGAAGCGGCGAAGAAAGCCGAGUGAGAUGGUAUCAGACCGAAAUUGAUUAAUGCAUCACACAGAGGCACAUCCCUGAGUGGGAGGUAUCUUUAACUUGACACAGCUGGUCAAUUCGGAGGUGGUGUUGC